GCAGCCGGAGGAGGGCAGUAUGACUGCAAUGACUGUAUUUUUUCCUUUGGAUACAGCUAGGCUUAGACUUCAGGUUGAUGAGAAGCGGAAGUCAAAGACAACACCGGCAGUCCUUUUGGAAAUAAUCAAGGAAGAAGGCCUGUUGGCACCGUAUCGAGGAUGGUUCCCUGUUAUCUCCAGCCUUUGCUGCUCCAAUUUUGUUUAUUUUUAUACGUUUAAUAGUCUUAAAGCCCUCUGGGUCAAAGGUCAGCAUUCGACCACUGGAAAAGACUUGGUUCUUGGGGUUGUUGCAGGAGUAGUGAAUGUACUCUUGACCACCCCUCUUUGGGUAGUGAACACACGCCUGAAGCUGCAGGGAGCAAAAUUCAGAAAUGAAGACAUUGUACCAACCAAUUACAGAGGCAUAAUGGAUGCCUUUCAUCAGAUAGUACGAGAUGAAGGAGUCUUAGCUCUGUGGAAUGGUACUUUCCCCUCCUUGCUGCUGGUCUUCAAUCCUGCAAUACAGUUUAUGUUUUAUGAAGGCUUUAAACGAAAACUUUUGAAAAAGCAGCUGCAACUCACAUCUUUGGAUGCUUUUGUCAUUGGUGCAAUAGCCAAAGCAGUUGCCACCACACUCACUUAUCCUCUGCAGACAGUACAGUCAAUUCUGCGGUUUGGACGUCACCGAUUGAACCCAGAGAACCGAACACUGGGCAGUCUUAGAAAUGUUCUUUACCUUCUUCAGCAGAGAGUGAGGCGUUUUGGAUUAGUGGGACUCUACAAAGGCCUUGAAGCAAAGCUCCUGCAGACAGUCCUUACUGCUGCUCUUAUGUUUCUGGUGUAUGAGAAACUGACUGCUGCAACCUUCACAGUCAUGGGAUUAAAGCACUCGCGCAAACAUUGAGAAGGAACCUAUGCCAAAGAUUCUGGGGUCUAGGAAACACAUUCCAUUUCUGAGAUCUGGCUGGGUAGCAAAGGGUCCUCACUUUCUCUGCUUCUCUUUUUAGCCACCUUUAUCUCCAGUGUUUGGAGAAAUCUGGAAUAUGCUCUAUAGGACCUGUUGCCACGAAUUCAGGGGUAGCUCCUUCCCUAUUGUUAUGUGUACUCACUGUGUUAAGAGAAAAAACCCAGAGACUUUAUUUAAGCACUUGACAUGAAAUUUAAACUAUUAUGUGAUUUGGUUAUUUGGUUUUUAUUCUUGGCAGGAAUCUCUCACUAUGCUUUCUUCUUUGCCCUCAAAUCGUCCUCAACUAUUCUUGUAUCUACCUUCUGUCAGCAGCUGGGGGGCUGGUUUUGUGUUAUUUUCUUUGACCUGUUUUUGUCACUUCAUAUUUGGUUCAUUAAAAUAAUUCAUAAAGAGUAACAUUUUUGGCAUGGUUUUCCUU